ACCACUGCCUUUCCUGAUCGGUGGGAGGAUCCUAUGUUUGUCUGUCCUGUUUCUUAGCACCCUCUAUGUAGGCUAAUUUACCGAAUACUGCAGCAAGGGUGUCACGAUCCAGAGCGAAGGAAGGCAAGUCGGGAGUAAAAUCUGAACAGCGGCCAGAAGAGAGUAAUGGCAGCCAUUAGGAAGAAGCUAGUGAUCGUGGGGGAUGGAGCCUGUGGAAAGACUUGUCUUCUCAUCGUCUUCAGUAAAGACCAGUUCCCCGAGGUCUACGUGCCCACAGUGUUCGAGAACUACAUCGCUGACAUCGAGGUUGAUGGCAAACAGGUGGAGCUGGCGCUGUGGGAUACAGCCGGCCAGGAGGACUACGACAGGUUGAGGCCUCUCUCCUACCCCGACACAGAUGUCAUCCUCAUGUGCUUCUCUAUCGACAGCCCCGACAGUUUAGAAAACAUCCCAGAGAAGUGGACCCCUGAGGUGAAGCACUUCUGCCCCAACGUUCCAAUCAUCCUGGUGGGCAACAAGAAGGACCUGAGGAAUGACGAACACACACGGAGGGAGCUGGCCAAGAUGAAGCAGGAGCCAGUGAAGCCAGAGGAGGGCCGGGACAUGGCUAACCGUAUCAGUGCCUUUGGCUACCUGGAGUGUUCAGCCAAGACAAAGGAUGGCGUGAGGGAGGUUUUUGAGAUGGCCACCAGGGCGGCACUGCAGGUGCGCAAGCGCAAGAAGAGGGGUGCCUGCCUGCUGUUGUGAGGAAGAGGAAGAAGACCUCAGUCGUCAACUGACAAAACAACAACAUAUAUAUAUAUAUAUACGCAGGACUGACCUUUUACCAAAUGGCAUCUUUGUACUGUAUCUCAUUUCACGCUAAAGAGGUUGGCGGCCGAAAGUGCUGAACGUAAAAUAACAAGGAAAAGGACUGGUCUGUAACACAGGUUAUAAAUUAGUGUUUAAACUUCUCAGCAUUGUUUUUGUUUGUUAUGCUUAUUCCAUGCAAUGGGCACACUGUCUUUCGUCUAGUUUUUUUUCCCACAAGUGUUUCUUUUCCCUGUCGCUUUUGAGAAGAUAAUAAAUGCACAUGUAUUUGUAUGCAACAUAUUUGGCUGUCCUUCCCUGGGCCUGUAGCGUCGGUCCCCUGAGCUUGUGUUGUCAACAUGCACACUGUUGGAAUCAGGACUCACCCAAACUCUUGCUCAUUUGUAACCCGUCCUGUCCGCUAGCAUAGUUUCUAUGGUAAGAGGGUCUACUUUCCGGGGGAGAGGUUUUGCUCUUUAGAACCAGUGCCUUUUUUGUUUUUAGUUAUUUUUCAAGUCAUUGCAUACCACCAAGUAAUGCUCCUCCUGACCUGUUGGGCAACACUAUCAGGGGAGCGGAGGGCCUCCCCACGUUAAUUAUACACAGUAUGUAUUGUAAUGCAAUCCGAGCUUUGCUGCAUGAACCUAGGCUUUGAGGGCAGUCGACAACUAGCCGCAAGAAACGACUUCAGAGUUAAUUUUACUUAGGAGAAAGCAUCGGCUAGUCCGUAUAGCAUAACAUUGUCUGAAAUCAGUCCCCCACACCCACACACUUGGUAAAGGACUGGUAGACAGAGCACCUCAUGGCACUGUAACAUGACCCUACAGAUAUGUGUGCAGAGAAGUCCAUCCGCCCCCUCAAAUAAGGUCUGGAUUGAACAGCCGUUCCUCACAGUCGUUCUGUACAGAGAAGCUUGAAUAUCCCCACAUAAACAGACGCUAACAUGACUUUAAAGUACCACCACACCAGGAUGUGACAAGUUAAAACAGGUGUUGCAUGAUGAUUAGGGGAGCAUGGUCUACAGUAGCUACAGUAGGUUUGUAUGAGUUGACACAAUCCUCUUUUUAGAAUGAGAAUGACAAUGUAUUUGUCACAAGGCUGGAGCUACUGGGGGUAUGAGGCAUAUGGUAUGGGGGGACUGACUGACUGGUGGAUUCUGCCUCGAGAUCCUGUCAAGGUUGACUGGCCUGGAGAUUUCCAGUCUGACUGCAUUCUAAAGCAGCAUUCUGAGGAGCCACAUGAGUGUUUUUCAGUGCCUUCUCUUUCCUGGUAACCUGUGUGACUUUAGCGUUCCCCUCCCCGAGAGCUGAGCAGAGAGCCUGGACCGGUUGCUCAAUGCCAACAUGCCACAGCCAGUCAACUUUGACACCUCUGUCAUGUUGCACAAAGCUCAACACUCCCAGCACUCACUCACUCGGCCAUAAAGAAUGUCAGGGGGAAAUGAUGCUUGACAAAUUAAGAAUUUCACUGAAUAUUUUUCCAAGGUACACUUUGCCACAGCGUUCCCCUAAACAUACCUGGUUGAAACCCCCAGUUAGAAUUCGAUCAUCCAUAGAUAAGAUCUCUUCAGCUCGGUGGUUGAUUGUAUUUCAUUUGAGGAAGGAAAUUCCCAGUGUACUAUGCCUGAUUUUUCAGGAACUGGUUUGGUGCUAUUUGACAAGAAGGCAAGACCUGAAAACAUUUUUUUUUUUUUUUUUUAGAUACUUCUGUUGGCUGCCAAGAAAGUCCCCACACAAUUCUCUCUCCCUACCUGUCGCACAGCUAAAAUGACGUGCUCUGCACUGUGUUAUGUUAACAGUAACGUUUGUAGGGUGUGCUACUGAGUUGGAAAUUACUUUAACAUUCGGACAUGAUUUCAUGUCUUCUGUCAUUUUUUUUUUUAUAUUACACUGCUGAGAACAAUAAAAUGCAUCGGGGUUGCUGAAGUCACUGGUCAACCUAGGCUGUGGUUUUUCUUACCGUUUGUCAUUUGACUUGAUUUACUUAAUGGAACACCACUGGAGCUAUAGCAUGCCUGAGACUAGCGUUGGAAUAUACUGUAUCCUGGCUCCUUUCGGUCUUUAGCUUUUUAAACCACCUAUUUCCAUUCAACUUUUGACUUGUGUCCACCAUGGCUCCAACAUUACACAACAACUCCAAUAUGCAUGAUCUCUCUUUCCUGUAUUGCUUGGACUAGGUUAGACAUUUCACUUGCAUGGAAGUGGAAAUGACUACUUAAAUUUACUCUUUUGUAUCCUAUGAUGUUGACCAUUUGUCUAACGGGAGCCCGAUGAGCCUUUCUCUACUGAUUCUUCACAGCGUUCCUAUUUCUCCUGGUUUGUGUCUGUCGUUUUUCUGCCUGUGUCCAUUAAACCGGUCAGUCCAACCAAACAGGGCUCAACUUUCCAAAUGUCCAUCAGCAAUGUCACAUGAUGGGUUUAAAGGGUUGCAUGUGACCUGGUGUGUGAUGCUAGCGAUAACAGGUAUUCCACAAUGCCAACGGAAAAAUAUUAGCUGGUUCGAUUGACAGAGCCCUCUGCUGGCCAAGUCAUCCAUGUUAACAGAGCUUCUACUGUGGUAGGAAAAUGACUUCACGUUCAAGCAGACAGAAACCGGGCGGUGUUAUAAGCGGUGUCCCAGUAUCACCCAAUAUUGUGACUGUUCAGGAGUGAAGCUCAGAGGAAAUAUGAGCUUGUCCCUUCAGGAGUAUGUUCGACUACACAAAAUGGAACUUAUGACGUUUGCCAUUUUGUUACUAUAUUACCUUUUUGUAUGGGUGUAUGUUUAAACAGUGUUUCCAUGUCUCCAACCCAUGAAAAGGACAGCAACUUUUAAGAUUUCAGACAUUUACGCCAACCUAAAUGCCAAGGAAUUCUGGGACAUCUAAAUAAAGGCAUUUGCAAGACUAUAUGUCCAGCAUAAUAGCAUAAUGUUAAAACCAACCCCCACCCCAAAGCAGAAGGCAAACUACAUAUCAAGAUAAGCAUGUAGACUGCUGUUUUGUGUACGCUGCUACUAAACCUAGAUCACACUACUACUAAACCUAAUCUUGUCUUUUAUGUCGGUGUCUGCAUGAGUGAAACUAUGGUCUCUAUAGCAGUUGCUCCACUAUGGGAACAGCUUCGAUCUGCUCAGUGUCUAACUCCUCUUUCUGGAAGUAUCUAAAAUAACAAUCCAGAUUUGUAUAAGAAAGCUCAUUGUAAUAAUGCUUAAACGGAAAGUGAUGUAGUGAAUGUUUGAUUAAAGUGAACACGAACAAUGUUAAUAAACUAUUUUUGAGACGAGAUUAUA